AUGAGUCUCACAUUCGAAGAGUUUCCCGAUCCAGGAACACCAAAUCGGGCAUCUUUCUCGAGCAUCUCAGUGGCCACCGAGGUCAUCGGCCAAGAGAUUGAUCGUCUUGAUAAAAUACGGUUUCUUCACGUGGCCGCCCUUUUCUGGAAGAUCAUCCUUACUUCGAGCGAGGACUUGGAGAACGCCAAACCCAGUCCAGCCGGAGUUGACGAUACCCUGCGAGGCAAGAUACGCUACAUGAGAAUCUUCCCGAUGAUCUCGACAGUUAAAGCUUUGGGUGAAACACAGAGUCUUGUGUACAGAUCCAUCGACGAGGACUGGUACAUUGCUGACAGGGGCGUCUUGAGGCGAGCAUUCGUUGGAAAGGUCGACAUCCUGGAUUUUGAUACAAAAGAAAUCGAUCAGCUCAUGCCCUUGAUCAAGUGUCUCGGCUCCAACACGGACAUGAUGUUGCCCCUUUUUGAGGUUUCGCUCGCCUCAGGCCUGAGAGUGGAAAGAGCCAUCGGCAACAUACACGCCAAAUCCGAAGAUGAGCAUAUUUGCAUCACAGAAAAGAACGACUCCAUCAAAAUCGUCUUAUUGCAGAACCUUUCCAAACAGAGUGGUCCACGGAUUGACAUGGAGCUCGCAGACUUCUCCAUCCACCUGUGUGCUAUCAAGGAUGUCGGCCGUGUCCUGCUCAUCUCGCCCAUCUUGAAGGCCAGCUUUACCGAUGAUCUCAACUUCUGCGUCAACGAGGCCGAGGAACACGCUGCUGCCGAAGCCGAAGAGAUGGCGGCUGCCAGCGCUGCGGCGAGAGGUCAAUGGCUUCUUUCACCAGGUACCCGUGCACCGGACUGGAAGCCCAUGAAGCAUUGGACGACCAGCAUUCGGGAACAGAAGGGCAAUCCCGCAUUCUUUGGUGACGAAUCAACAACAGCAGACUUUGCCUACACUGAUGAGUGA